AUGAGUAAGCCUCCAAAUUCAUCAGUAGCCUUUUGGGAAGAUAGUCGAACAUAUCAAACAGGAUGGUCACGUCCAGAACCAAUAACAACAAUUGAUAAAGUUAAUCUAACAAAUUUUACAUUAGUUAUCACAGCCUGUUGUCGAAAUGUCGAAAAUCAUCUUAUUGGUUUUCAAAAAAAUAUACGUGCUAUUGGUGCAUUAUUUCGAUCUUAUCAUCUCUAUUUGGGAGAAUCAGAUUCUGAUGAUGGCACAUUGAAAUUUCUGCAAGAAUGGUCGAAAAAUGAUUCUAAUCAUGUUAGUGUUUAUACUGCAGGACAACAACGACGGCGCUUAUUUUUCCGCACUUCACGUCUUGCUCAUUGUCGAAAUUAUCUUUUUCAACGUGCACGAACUGAUAUGCCAUGGUUCGAUUAUUAUUUUGUACUUGAUGUUGAUGUUACAUCUACGGAAACAUUUAGUGUCAACAAUUUUCUUACAAAUUUCAUUUAUCCUUUAUCAUCAUGGGCAGUCAUGACAGCUUCACAAACAGAUUCAUAUUAUGAUGCAUGGGCAUUACGUUCAUGGCCAACAAUAACAUAUGAUUUUUGGGAACGGGCACGACAAGGAUCAUUUUUUUCUCUCGCUUGGAAAUCACAAAUUAGACGAGCCGUUGUUAUUCACAACAAGGCGAUACCACGUAAUCAUUCAUUGAUUGAAGUUCAAUCAGCUUUUGGCGGAGCAGCUAUCUAUGCAGCUCAAUAUUUGACUAAAGAUUGUAUGUACAAUGGUUGGAUGGAUAAAAGAUGGUGGUUUAGUCGAGAACAAUGUGAACAUGUUUCAUUUAAUGAAUGUGUCAGACGGAAUGCAGGUGGAGGAAAAUUUUUUAUUAAUCCGCAGUUUCAAAAUGUAUAA